AUGGAGAACGGGGACCAAGAGAGCCCGGAAGACGGGGACUUGGAGGAAGAGGACAGCAGUGGCUCUGCUUCAUCUGAGUUCGACCUCACAGCCAGAAGGGUGACUACUGUCCCGAGUCUGAGGUCCUGCUACCGACUGGUCCGGGAGUUGGGCGCCGGCACCUACGGCCGUGUCCUCCUGGCCCGACCCCGUCGAGGGGGUCCCCCCAUCGCCCUGAAGCUGCUCCCACGGACCUCCGCGUCCCGGGCCACGUUCCUCCGGGAGUUCUGCAUUGGAGUCUCGUCUCGCACCAGGGCUGUGGCACCUAAACCAUGCAGAGCCCCCGCCCUCGCCUUUCUUGGAGGCUCGCACCAAAUGCAGCCGUCCAGCCCCAGCGAUGUUGGAGAGGCUGAGGGCUGGGGAAGCGCAGGCGAGCCUUGGCGGCUCCGGGCCGAGAGAGCUCAGGGCAAGUUCACUCUCACUGAGGCGGAAUGGAGGUUCGGGGCCCCAUCCGGAGCGGGGCUGGGGCUGGCGAAGAAGUGGGCUGCCCUCAGACCGCCCCCCGACUCCGGCCGCUCUGGGGGCCUCAGCUGUCCCGGGCUCGGGCUGCAGAGUCCCACCAUUUCCCAGUUCUGCCUCAGCCCUUCCUGGCCUUGUUUGGCAGCUGAGCCUGCCCUCCCCGAGCUGCAGCUGAAGCGGGUGGGGGUCCAGCUGGCCGGAGCCCUGGACUUCCUGCACGCCCGGGGCCUGGUCCACGCCGACGUCAAGCCCGACAACGUCCUGGUCUUUGACAGAGCCUGCCGCCGGGUGGCGCUGGGGGACUUUGGGCUGACCCGGCCCGAGGGCUGCCCCAUGCCCGCGCCCCCCGGGCCCCUGCCCUCAGCGCCCCCCGAGCUCUGCCUCCUGCGGCCCCCGGCCGCCCUGGGCCUGCGGCCCGAGCUGGACUCCUGGGGGCUGGGGGUGCUCCUCUUCUGCGCCUCCACGGCCGCCUUCCCCUGGGCCGUGGCCCUGGCUCCCGACCCCGGGUUCGAAACCUUCGCGGCCUGGCAGACUGCUCGUCCCCAGCCGGCCCUGCCGCCCCCGCCCUGGGCCCGCUUCUCCGCCGCGGCUCAGACCCUCCUCCGGGGGCUGCUGGCUCUGGAGCCCGAGAAGAGGAGCCCGCCCACAGCUGUGCUGGACUGGGUUGGGGAGGCCUGGAUGGUGGGGGAAGGGGAGGGGGAGGGGGGCGGGGAGGAGGGGGGGGAGGCCAGGGAGGAGGAAGAAGGUGCACGUGGAGAAGAGGAGGCCAGCUUGGAUGAGGAGGAAGAGGAAGAGGAGGAAGCUGGGCUGGGGACAGGCCCAUAGGGCCGGCUCCAGGGACUCCCUGACCAGGUGGUGAGGCAGGUGGCCUGGGCCCCGGCCAGGUUCCCCCCUCACCCCCCCCCCCAGGAGCCACCUGGACUGAGGAGACAGCUGGUGUGAGGGGGAGGGGGGAGGGGGGAGGCGGCCUUUCUCGCCUCCUCCAGAGAGGCGGCUCCCCUGCCCCCGACCCUGUGGGGGGCGGCUCCCCUCCCCCUGCCCCUCUGGGGGGCGGCUCCUCUCCCCCCGCCCCUGCCCCCGGGAGCCUCAGUGAUUCACUGUAUCCAAUAAAGCUUCCCUGGCCCACGCUUGUCUCCUGUGUCCUGGAGAAGUGGAGUCUGGGCUGGGAGC